AUGGCAGCAGUACCUGUCGAAUGCUCUUCAGAGUUUCCCCCUGGAUACGGAGACUUUAACAUCCAAUCAAGUGAUAAUGUAGUCUUCUCCUUCCCGCGCGGUGUCCUUUCCCAUGCCUUGCCCAUGUUCAAAGACAUGUUUGCCUUUGGAGACGCAGAGACGAGUGAGAAUCAGAUACCACUCAUUAUUAGUGAAAAUGCCACCACUAUCAAUCAACUUCUACUCUACCUCGAUCCCCUGAAAGACCCGGCAGAACUCACCGCAGAGACCGUGCACCCCAAAUUCAAGUCAAAAACCUCAAAUGCCAACUCUGUAUUUGCCCGGUUUUCAUAUCAUUACCAACAAGUUUUCGAUGUAUGCUGUGUCUGGGAGGUGGCGAUAAAGUAUCAAGUUCCCGGAAUGCAACAGAGAUUCGAGAAGAUGGUGAUUGGGAAGGAUAGGAAUUUACAGGGCCUCUUUGCCCAAGAGCCUAUGCUCGUUCUAAGCGUCGCCGAGAAAUUCAAUUUGUCCAAAAUCGGGGAUAUCACUAUGAGCUUCGUGGCAAGAGCCCCCCAAGAUCGAGUAUUCACUACAAAGUAUCCUCUCACUCCGCUGACCGUCAUGCAAAUCAUGGAGCUUCGGACAGAAAGGGGGCGCCUUCUAUCGGAGAAAUUUCAAGGGUAUCUAAAGGACAAAUCUGUCAGUGUCAAGUAUGGAGGCUCCCAUCCCAAACAUCACGACAUUUUUUACGAGAAUUCUGAAAGCUCUGAUGAUUGUCUAUACGAUGGUCAAGCAGAGGGAGCUCAAAGGACUCGUCUGGGAAUCCAUGUAGCUCUACGAAUGUACCUGGAGCCAAGUUGGUCGGCGGUCGUUUUGGAGGUGGCGAGUAUGCCCCAAAAGUGUUCGACUUGUCAAUCCACGCUACUAGAAGACCUAUCUAGUGGACUUCAUAACCCCGAGGGUAUGCAGGAAGGGAAUGAGGCCAACUUGCAGAAGGAAUACAACUUUAAUCGGCUAAAAAAAGAGAUUUUAUCCUUGGAGGCGUUGCCAAUUCCCCUGAA